CAAAAAUAAUUUUCCAAUUUCCUUUUGAAUUUUCAAAACGAAGAUUUCUAGUAUCUUCCGCUGAGGACAAAUUUCACGCCAAAGCAGCCAUGAACGAUCUUCUCUCCCGCUCGUUCAACCGCUCCGUCGCGGACGAUUCAUCGCCGCCGCACUCACACAGCAUCGAGAUGCCAAAGGCAAAGUGUUCCGGCGGAAGCUGCCGCGGUGGAAACAACCUCGACAAGUUUUACCUUGACGUGGAGGAAGUGAACGGCGAGCUAAAAGAGCUCGAUCGACUCUGUCACAGUCUCCGAUCGAGCCACGAGAAGAGCAAGACGCUUCAUAACGCUAAGGCGGUGAAGGAGCUCAAGGCAAAUAUGGACGCCGAUGUGUCGACGGCGCUUAAGACGGCGAAACGCGUGAAAGGAAACCUCGAGGCUCUGGAUCGGUCGAAUGAAGUGAACCGGAGUUUACCGGAAAGCGGACCGGGUUCAUCAUCGGACCGGCAAAGGACGUCGGUGGUUAACGGGUUGAGGAAGAAGCUUAAGGACGCGAUGGAUAGUUUCAAUCGAGUGAGAGAGACGAUCUCUACUGAGUACAGAGAGACGAUUCAGCGAAGGUACUUCACCGUCACCGGCGAAAAUCCCGACGAAGAUACCGUCGAUCGUUUAAUCUCCACAGGAGAGAGCGAAACAUUUUUGCAGAAAGCGAUACAAGAACAAGGUCGAGGUAGGAUUUUGGACACAAUAAACGAGAUACAAGAGAGACACGACGCAGUGAAAGACAUUGAGAAGAGCUUGAACGAGCUGCAUCAGGUGUUUCUUGACAUGGCCGUAUUGGUUGAGCACCAAGGUGAGCAACUCGACGACAUUGAAGGCAACGUCAAAAGAGCCAACUCGCUUGUCCGGUCCGGUGCGGACCGGCUCGUUAAGGCGCGGUUCUAUCAGAAGAACACGCGCAAGUGGACUUGCUUCGCCAUUUUGUUAUUGAUCAUUAUUGUGGUCUUAGUUGUGGUGUUUACGGUUAAGCCUUGGGAAAAUAAUGGUGGUGGUGGAGGAGGUGGUUCGAACAGUCAAGCCACUCCGGUCCAAGCUCAGCAGCCACCGUCGCCUCCGUCUCUGACCCGGCGGCUACUUCGUUAAAUCUUUUUUUUAUUAUCUUUUGUAAUGUUUUGAUUGGUUGAAUUCCUUGUAUAUAUAUCAGGCUAUCAGCACAUAUUUAUUUGCUAUAAGACACUCAGUAAUGAAAUAAAUUCUUUGAAAUUUU